GCCGGCAACGCGGACUGGAGAGAGAACAAGGAAGCAGCGUGCACCGAGCACAAUAACUCCGAACAGCAGCAAAGAGAGAGCCAGCCUGCGAUCGCGAUCAGACACGUCGACUGGAUAUUCAAUGAACAGACACUUUUAAGUACUCAAACGGCAGCAUGAAAAGAGAGGUGAAGGCCGGAGUCAACUUCUUCAAGCGGCUUGUUGUCGCUCGAGGCAAACUCGACGCAGCCAAAGUGCAAUUGUUUGCAGAGAAGCUUCAGCAGCUCUUAUGCGAUAAGUAUGAUGGCCACUGGUACCCGGAUUGCCCGAGCAAAGGCCAGGCGUUCAGAUGCAUCCGGAUAAAUAACGGAAUACCCAAUGACGAGGUACUCCUGAAGGCCUGUGAGGAGAGCGAGCUCACACCGGGUGAUCUUUGUCUUCCCCCAGAAGUUACCGUGUGGAUUGACCCGCUGGAGGUGUGCGGGAGAUCCAGAGAGAAUAGCUAUCCAUUCCCAAUAGCCAGUUUCACAGACGAUGACAAAGAGGAGGAGGACAGCAUGAACAAAGAGCGGGAGGAUUCUCCCGUGGUCUCGACAAACCACGACACGUCCGACUAUCACUCUGCUACAUCUUCUGAUUGCGGUUCGGCUGUGUCCAGCGACACGGAGGAAGAGGCAAAGGACGGAGAGACCGAAAGCGCGCAAGAGAAAACGGCACCGGUGAAAAAGCAGCCACAGAAAGAUGACACGGUCAAGAUAACAAUGGUGCCCAGAAUUCGGAAACGGCACGGAGGCGGAUCAAAUAGAGUCAAAUAUGGCAGAAACUUGGUUCCAAUGAGCGUCCAAUAUUUCUGCCAACCUGUGCCAGUCUGGUCCCAUUGCAUGAAUGGCGCCCCGGUGUUCCUCACCACAGUGGUUGCGCCUCCACCUCCACCGCCACCCCAUCGGGUGUUUGUGCACUACUUAUCGCAGCCUCCUCCCUUACUGCAGCCUCUUCCGCACUUCAUCGUUCCUCGGGCCGCUCCACAGUCAUGGGAACCUGUGAACGAUGAGAUAGUCGGACUGCGGCCCUCGGCUGAGCCGGUUUAGCCAAACACGAGCCAGAAGAUGAACUUUUCCACAAUUGUCACCUUUUCAACUUGUCAGAUUUGUUAAAAGUUAUUCCUUGAACAUAAUGUGUCUUUUAGUGUAUAAAGUUUUAAUUUUUACCCUGUUACUUAUUCUCGGCAGAUGUAUUGCUGAAUUUUAUUGAUUAUGAUUACUACUGCUUUUUUCCAUGGGUCCUAUGAAAUCUGCACGGUCACUUGAGUGCUUGUAUAAGCUCCGGGAUUCUCUGCAAUACACUUUAUCGCAAAUAAUUGCCUUUUUUCUGGUGGUAUUUUCCAUGUUCUUUCGCAGAUGCUGCGAUGUAGUGGUCCACUGCGCACACAUAAGUGUUCAUUUUUUGUAAAAUCUGAUUCAGGGUUCUAGUCUUUUAUAGUCUCGUAGCUACGCCUGUCUGUAGAGAGAAGAAAAUUAUUUUCACUGAAAUAAUUCCAAUCCUGCAUAUAACAAAGACUGAUUUUCACUUUUGAAUGUCAUUUGUGUACGGUAAUUUUAUUUGGUCACUGUUGGAGAUCACUCGACUUGAAACUCACUGAUAUUGUAAAUUGUAUAUUUUUACUAAUAAGAGUUACUGUGUGUUUCUUUUAAA